AACCGCGUCGCUCUAGAACUCUUAUCACUUGCAGUUUCUCAUUCAUAAUGGACCAUGCGCAAAGUACAAGCAAACGUACGAAUAUGGAGUUUGUGAGGCAGUCAUACAUUGCCUGUAAUAUUUUUUCUCAGGGGGUGUCAUGGAAAUAUCAAAAAUUCUGGUUACUAUAGACUUUCCAGUGCACAGGUGAAACGGAGAAAAUCUCUGAGAUGGACUCCCCGCCAUCAUGUUCGCUAAGCGCUGGGCCUCUCAGUGAUCUUGGUAGCAGUGGCCUGGGGGGUUCGAUAUCCAGCGAUUCGGUUAGAGCACAUCUUGCGAUGGAGAUGCAGGAGAGCGACAUAGAGAGCAAGUCUCUAUCGCAAGAUUCUUUCGAUUAUUCGGACGGCAUGUGCGGCGAGAAUUUCAACACCCUGAAAAAGGGCCCAGGCUGGGGCGAUGCGGACGGCAAGCUGGAGGUCGAGGUGGUCGACGUGGCGAUCAAGCCGCCGCCAGAAUUUCAAGACAGCCCGUCGCCGCCGGACUCGGAGUCCUCCUCGGCGCCGAUUCUGAAUUACGCGCGACUAAUGAGACGCAGGACGCCGCGCUGGAUCGACGACUAUGCCGAGAACCUGAUGCAGUCGAUGGUGGAGGAAGCGCUGGCGAUCUCUUGCCGAAUCUCCUGGCCGGAAGGGAGGAUCGCGCCUGUUGCGAAUCCGGUUUCAGCGGUGAUUCGGUCCCAACAGACCAAUCCUAAACGCAUGUGGGAUCUAAUGACGCCGCCAGUAUGUCAGGGCGCCGCCACCAUCACUAUUACCCCGUACAACACGUUGAACCGGCCGAACUCACGCUGCUCGUUGGCCUCCUCGCGACUGUCCAGCUCGCAUAAUUCCAUCAAUACCACCGGGCUCGGUCACAAGGCCGACGACAGCAGCUUCAUUACAUCCGCGAUGUCGCACGACGUGUUGACCACAAGUGAAAUUAGCGACAUGUACAAUGUACCCUUUGAUUCAGACAUUUACACAGUGCCGAUCGAUGUGGUGCGACCGCUGCACGACCUGCGAACGCCACAGCGGCCUAAACGGCACCGGCAUCAUCGCAAGAGACGGCGGAACGUUUCCGCGAGUUCGCAGAGCGAACUGGAAGCGCACAUCCAACAGGCGCGUCAUUAUUGUGGCAAAUCCCGUGCCAUCACGCAUGUUAUCAAAUCGCAGCGUUUGUUGGCCGAUGUGUGCUGUAGUGGUAGUGGUGGCGGUAAACGGCACAGCGUGCCGGGUACUUCUGGUCGUCAUGGUGUCAGACCAUCGAACGGACAUGCACAUAACAUUGGCGAACCGAUCCACAUGACCUUGCACGAGGUGCGACAGUAUCUACAGACGUUGUACUCCAGCUCGAGCGAUUCUAGCGAGAAUAAGAUCAAACGAGAUAAGGCUCCUCUGCUGGGCCAUACACCAGUGCAUCUUGCCGCGACGCCUAAGGCCCUCAGUGUAAAUAAUAAUAAUAGGUAUAACAGUAACGCGCACACGGACUCGUCCACGGACACGCCGGUGUCGAAUAAGAGCACUAGUAACGGCCUAAUGAUCCAUCAUCACAACAACAACAAUAACAAUCAUAACAACAAUAAUUCUAAUAAUGUAAAGAAACACAAGAGGAAUACGUUUGUCGGCAUCAGGCACAAGAAAGCGCGCGACGAGUCGCACAAGGAGAAGAGCGAGUCCGAGCGAGAGAAAAUGAAAAAGAGUCAGCGUAAUUUCUCGCUGAAUCUCAAGCAGACGCUCUGUAACAUCUUCCGAUUUCGACGACUGGGCUCUCCGGACCACUUUGUGGAGAAGCGGAACAGCAUCGUGCAGGGAGAGAUCGUUGAGGAAGAAGAGGGUGUCGAUUCCGACCAGCACACGAAUAACAAUAACACCGCUCCGUCUGAGGUAGAGCCGUCCGCGCAGAAGCUGCCGUUCUUCAAGCGCGCUUUGCCACCUCUGCCCAAGAGUAACAGCCAAGUGGGUGUAGAACAAGCGGAGGAGGCCCUUACAGCAAUGGCACCCAAGUGCGAGUCCCCGAGCUCGGUACAGCAGCAAGUUCCGCCGCCUAUCGUGCGACCAGAAGAGGAUACUGCAGAGGACACGAGUAUGGAUUUUGCAGCCAGUAUCGAGAAAGUGAAGGAUUACGGAUGGUAUUGGGGACCUAUUUCUGGUGAAGCGGCGGAGAAGAUAUUAUCUAACGAACCGGAUGGCUCGUUUAUCGUGCGAGACAGUAGCGACGAUCAUUACAUUUUUUCCUUAUCAUUCAGACUCAACAGUUGUGUGCGACACGUAAGGAUAGAACAUGAUCAGGGUAAUUUUAGCUUCGGCAGCUGCACGAAGUUCAAGUCGCACACUAUCGUUGACUUUAUCGAGAACGCGGUCGAGCAUUCGCGCAGCGGUCGCUAUCUCUUCUUCCUACACCGGCGGCCAGUUCUGGGCCCGAUGCGGGUGCAACUGCUCCAUCCGGUGUCGCGCUUCAAGCAGGUACAGAGCCUACAGCACACGUGCAGGUUCGUCAUCUUGAAGAUGGUGCGCAGGGACUUGAUCCCGACCUUACCGCUACCCCGACGGCUCAUCGACUAUCUCAGUACGCCCCAUUAUUACAGCGAACAGCUGGCGGCCGAGCAGGACGACCGUGCCGAGUCGCCGGUCAGCUCGUCGACCGGCGAACUGGAGAAGAUUUGCUUCACGCCGCAGGGUCUCUCGUGAGGUAUAGCCGUGUGACUUUUCCCUCUUCCUCCUUCUCCUCCUCAUCCGCUCCGCUCUCUGCGCAAAGAGAUAUUUGCGCCGAACGUCGCCCGCGGCGUUGACGCAAAUUUAAUUCGCGGUUUAAUUAAAUUUUCGCAACAUGUAAAAAUAUACAUCGCCGUUUGAUUCAGAUAUUCUGUCGACGUACAAAAAUUUAAAAGGUCGCCGAAUUAAAUUUCCGAUCGGACAUAAUACGGAAUUUCAUCUGUAAUUUAAAAAUACGUUAUUGAUCAAUAAUUUAUUUUACAAUUUAAUUAAUUUUUUGUUUACAUAUAAAAAUUUGUUUUGCUAUUUGUUUGAGUUUAUGUAUGAGAACAAAACUCCAUUUUUUAGGGCAAGUAAAUAAAUAUAUAUACAAAAAUUUAACAUUUACUGCCGAGUUAAAUUUUAAUUGGUUAACAUAAAGGAAUUUAAUUAGUAGCUUAAUUGUGUGUGAAUUAUCGUCAAUGUGCGGAAAUUCAACUGAUAAUCGAAUAAAAUUUCGUUUACAUGUCGGAAUUUAAUUUGUGACAUGAAUUUUUGUUAUCGUCGACGACGUGAUGUUCGAUUAAUGAUUUUGCGCUUGUGAUUUUGACUUCGACGAUUUACGGCGUAUCGAUUCGUAAAGUGAGUAUUGUGAUUAAACUUGAAAGUAGAGGAAUAUAUAGAGAAAUUUUCGUGUGCACCAUAUAUCUAGAGCUGCAAGUUAUGGUCGUCUCAAGUUUACCUGAUUUGAUUGCCGAAGGGAAAGGAAUCGAUUUUAUUUUUGUUUCAAGAGAAAAAUCGCGAUAUACUGUAUAUCGCAAUAUUUAUUCUAUGUACGCUGACACGAAACUUUUUUGAGAUAGUUUUCUUUCUUCGAGAUAAACGCAAUUUUGUGCAGCUUGCAUCGCAGCUAAAGUAACACUGUUUGCGGAACAGUCAACGUGGCUGAUUGAGGGGAGAUUCGCGACGAAAUCACUCUUCCUCAUAUUUUAUCAAAUAAUACUUGACGAGUAAUGAUGUCACAUCUCUGUUGUUAAUUUAUGCAGUACAAUUUUAGAGGCAAAGAGAGAAAGAGGAGACGCGCGCGACCGAGCUGAGUAAAAAAAAAAAAAAACAAAUUCUGUAGUCCCUUCUAGUUCAGUUCCUUUUUAUCGACUAUAACGAAUGGCAAGAUUACAUGUGACAUAAACUACGCACAAAAUAUCCGUUUAUACGUACACAUAUAAGUGCAUAUAUAAAUAUACACACACGCGUAUAUAUCGAGGGGAGGGAAAGAGAGAGAGAGAGACAGUGACACACGCAGUGGUCAGAUGGAAACUUUUUACGUGCCAUACUUGCCAUUUUCUGUUGAAGAUUACGCAAAUUAUCAUUGAUAUUUCAAUAAUGUUGAAGAUAAUAUUUAGUGUUCAUUUGUUGCAGCCGUGCUUCCCGUUAAACUCGAUCAUAGAUAGAACAUCCUUACAAUUCAGAUUGUCUUUGCAUGUUAAUUCAAAUUGAUUUAGAUAGAUUAAUUGCUAGAAGAUAAAAUAAAAUCAUAGCAAGAUAAAAAGUAUGGAAUAAUGCAAAUCACAUUUUUGCGAAGUUUUUGCAUUUUUCUUUUACGAAUCGAUUACGCGAAACCAUUGAAAGUUAUCUCGAUUGUAAAAAAAACUCUUACAAAUAUAUAAUAAUAACCAAAGGAAAUAUUCUGGCAAUAUAUAAAGGGUAGCUAAAGUCGCAACGCGCAAUUCGAAUGUUGCAUAAUUUUUCAUUCGUUUAAGUAAUCAAUUUAAAACUAAUUUAGUUGAUAGAAGAAAAAGUAGUGAAAUAUUAGUGACUGGUGCUAUGCGACAUUAUAUUCUUCAUUUUCAUGCGCGAUAAGGAAUAAUCGCGCGUUUAUUUUUGUGCUCAAACAAAAAAACUUUGAAAAACAGCGUCGUGCAAUAACAUUCAUCGAAAUUAAUCGGAUUCUAGAUGCAAUUCUAUUGAUAUUUUUAUAUUCGUUUAAUUUCUCAAUUGUUAAGUAAAUCAUAUGUUCAGGAUUUAUAAAAAAAAAGUGACACAAACUUUCUCCGCAAGCUUUUUCGAAAUAGAUACUUAUUCCGACCAAUUUUCAUAUUUCAAUGUUCCCUAGAGCUUAACAACGUGGCAUUAGUAUUGCUAUAGAUCUUCCAAAAGCAAACUUCCUGUUGCAAUUUGUAGCUGAAAAUCGUAAAGAUACGUUAAUAUAUCCUCUUUCUCAUUCACUGCAGAUAAUCGAGAAGUGGUUCGUUGAUUUGAUUUAUUACCUCGAGGCACAAGUGAACAUGAUUACGUUUGUCUAGGAAGUGUGUCGCUUGAAAUUCCGUUUUUGUUUUGCGCUUUAGACACAGAGUACGCACACACAUAUACACACACACACAGACACGCAUAACACGGACAAAUUUUGUACCCAGUAUUCACCAGGUAGAUUUUGCAAUACGAUUACUAUUAAUAUUAAUGAGAUCGUCCAGAGGGACUGUGCGAGUCCUGCGUGGGGUUUGUAAGGCAUGUGCGUAUAGUUAAUAAUGGUACCACAAUACCUCACAGUCACAGAGGGAGGUAUACGUAUAUAGAGCAGAAUUAGUAAGGUUUUAUAACGAGCGUAUUUACAUCAGCAUAAGUUGCACACAUCUCACACACACAACACACACAUACAAACACGAUAAACGUGUGAUUUCAACUACAAGGAAAUUCUAGUUGUAAGGGAGCGUGAGCGUCUUACGUUAUAAGAUUAUGUUUUAAGGGUCAGUUGCAUUAACAGGCUUAAUUAAUUAAUUGUCGCGACAACGGAUGAUAAUUCUAGCUAGUAGCGAAUUAAGAGGUAAAUUUUCGAUUAAUUUAUGUGUUAAUUUAUGUUAGUUUUAAGUCUAGUUAAAUCUUAACAUCGUAAUUCGAUUGACUUAAAUUGAUUUAAAUUAAAUUGGAUUUUAUUAAGUUUCAAUUAAUUUUGUUUUAAUCUAAGUCAGCUUAAUUAAUCGAGUUCAUUUAAUUUAAAUCGAUUUAAAUUAAUUCCAAGUUAAAAUUUCGCGCUAACGUUAGUGCAAUCAUCUCUGAGAUUUAGUUGUACCUUGAUUAAUUAAUUCUCUGUAAAUCAUAAUCUUAGCCAGCAUGUAGAUAUAUAAGAAAGAGUGCGAAAGAGUUUAUUUAAUUGCAAAUAUUAAUCGAUGUUUUCGUUAGCUGCAGUUGAUGCAACCGGCUCUAAGAAGAUUAAUUGUAAGAGAAAACGUAGCGUUCUGCGCCAAGCGGGAGGCCUUCAAGGGCUGCAGCGUGUCGAAAACUAAAUGUAAUAAUCGGACAAGAGAAUAUUGCCAAGUGCGUGCGAACCGAAGCAUGACACUUUCUAAAAUAAUCAAUCGAGAUUCUAAAGACGAAUAAUUUUUAAAACUCGAAAAUUUAGCGCAAAAUACGGCACGUUCACAGCCCGAGGGAGGCUCGUAAAGGGUAGCUCAAGUCUCCGUCUCCGAUUGUCGAUUGCGUGAUUAGGCGACGGGAAGUGUAUGUGUCAAACGUUUUUGUAUAUUUGUAACAUUUUCGUCGUCGUCGCGCGCGAGUACGCGCGGCGCCGUAAGGAGUGAUUGCUUUUGAAUGUACACUUCUUCUAGCGAAAUGUGAUAUUACUGAUAAACGGACGGCCACGAUAUUAGAAACCCGUCUCGCGACAAGCGAAACACUGCAAACGUUAAAACUGCGAAUCGAGCGUUCAUAUACAGACUGUCCCGGCACUGUUGCGUACUUUGCUCUCUCGAUUUCCCGAUUAAAUCGCAAUGAAUCUUCAGUGCGUGAUAUCGGCGUGAUAUCUUGCAAGUGAAAUGAAGCUUCCGAUCCUGGUUGUGAAAAAAAAAAUGUGGCAGAUUCGUUCGGAGGCCCGAUCGAGGUUCCGAUGUCGAUCGGCGUUACUAUCGCUUGGCACAGAAUGUAAAAUACAUCCUCUCUCGUAUGCCAAAGUAUGCAGCUGUACCCAGAGUACAACAUCUGUGUAUUUUCGUUCGGUGUUAAAUACGUAAUUUUGCGUAUAAAGAUUUUUAUACGCGACUGUUUAUGGAUUGUUUUUUUUUUCCUAGGCAGGUAUAUAUUUGCAAAAUUUGGCACGGAAAUUAUUUAGGGUUUAUAAGAUAAGAAAAGGGAUCAAAGAGAAUUGAGAUUAACCCUAGAAGACUAACUUUUCUUUCCCAUAAUUUUUUGUAAUCAUAUACUUCUCUGAGACUGCAUAUAUUCGAGAAAAAUAGAAAAAAGAAUAUGCGAAAAUUUACUCAAUAAUUUAAUUUCUUAAUUCAAAUAUUAAUACAGCUUUAAAAUUGAGAGAAUCACGUAUUUUCGGAAAAUAUUUGGAAAGUUGAAAUCUUCCCGAUCUCUAGAAAAGACCAAUAACGAACACAUGUGUCUCCGAGAUGUAUACAUAUAUUGAUAGUGUCCUAGGGUUAAAAAAAAACAUACAAGAUGUUGUACUUCGGCUGUACGAAACAGGUACAUUAAAACCUUAUUAUUUACAUAUAAUUGCCAAAUGCUAGUCACAAAUACUGCAUUUUUCAGUUGGAUUUCAGUAUUGUUUAUUAAUAAAAUACCAAUUCACGUGCGAAAUCUUGUAUUUAUUCUUACUGAUGUUUUAAUCCAAGCAAAAAAAGGGAGAGAGUGAGAAGGAACAAAUUGCAAAGGUCUGAGUACGAGGAACAAAUAAGUUGACAAAAGCAUUGAAUAAAAG